UGCUGUGUAGACUGUAGAUUUUAAUUUUUAACUAUUAUUAUUCUGCAUCCAACAAACAAAUACUGAUAUAAGGUCGAUUUAUUUAGGAAAAUAAAUGAUUAUUGAGUGAUUCAUAUUAUUUAUUACACAAGAUUUAUAGAGGUUUCACGUAUCGAGUUAUAAAGAUCACAAAGUAAACCAUGUCUUUUCAAUCUCCAAUGCCAAGUAGAGAGUUUCUAUGGGAUAUAUUCAGAAGAGUUGACAAAGAUAGAAGUGGCCACAUUUCAGCAGAUGAAUUACAGCAGGCUCUGUCAAAUGGUACAUGGAAUCCAUUUAAUCCAGAAACAGUCAGACUUAUGAUAGGAAUGUUUGAUAAACAAAACAGAGGUGUAAUAUCAUUUGAAGACUUUGGUGCUCUUUGGAAGUAUGUCAGUGAUUGGCAGAAUUGCUUCAGAUCUUUUGAUAGAGAUAAUUCAGGAAACAUAGACAGACAGGAAUUAAAGAAUGCUUUGACUGCAUUUGGAUAUAGACUUUCUGAUGAUGUUGUUAACACAAUGGUACAGAAGUUUGAUAGAUUUGGUCGAGGCACAAUUCUCUUUGAUGACUUCAUUCAAUGUUGUGUAACACUCUAUACUUUAACAUCUUCAUUCCGGCAGUUUGACACAGAUCAAGAUGGUGUCAUUACUAUACAUUAUGAGCAGUUUCUUAAAAUGGUGUUUGGGUUAAAGGUAUAAAAAUGAUUUGCCUUCUUUAAUAUUACUGUUGUUACGCUUUAAACAUGUAAUAUUUGAAAUAAAUUGUAUUCUAAAUGCAUAUUAUUAAAUAUGCAUAUAAAAUAAAUUAUAUUUGAAUGCUGUUAUUGUAUUCUUGCAUUUUCAAAUAAUUAAACUUGUUUAAAUAUUGUUCUAUUCUAUUUGUUGUAAUAUUUCAUAUACCUAUUGUUUACAUCAGGUUACUACCUAACACUAAACAUAAAGAGAUUAUUGAUAUAUAUUUCGUUUUCCGUCCAGUGCUGGCCGUAAGCAUGGUGAUUUUUCAAGGUCAGUUAUCAAGAACAGGUUUGGAUGCAAGCCAAGUAAUUCAGGUUUAGUUUGAACAUUUUGUAGUUUGAAAACAGCUAUGCAUGUUCCUUCUAUUAUGUUGUAGUAUCUCUAGUGUAGCUCAAUUCUUGAAUUAUUAAAAAUAAAUAUUUCAAAAGCUAUACUUAAUUGUAAAAUAAAAAAAAAAUGUUUUAAUAUUAAUCAUUCUGCCUACCUUAAAAGCAAAGAGAAUAUUGCAACUGACCAUCUAAGAUAUUUUACAAUGUAUAGUUAUUUCUCUAGUUAUAUAAUUGAUAUUUAAGAACAACAAUAAGUGGUUGUAGGUUUUGUUUUUAUUAUUGAAUAAUAGUUGGUGAUAUAAUUUGUUGUUUCAAAAAUUAAGAAAUUCAAAUGGCCAAAAAGUAAAUGUAAUGCUCAAACAUGUGUAAGCUUAAUGUAUUGUAGCAACUUGUAUUUAAACAAAGUUAUUCUUAUUUAUGUCAAAUCCAUUCCAAUUUAUACCACGUCAAAGCAUAAAUUUUUAUACAUUUCUAUAAAACUUAAGCUCUAGAGAUAUUGUCAUAUAUUUUUAUGUCAUGUUAGUACUUUUAUGUCCUAAUAAAUAUUUAUUUUAAACACUG